AUGUUUGACACGAAUGCUGACGAAGACAUCGAUCUCAACGAAUCCGACAUCCAGUUUGUGGACAACCAUUGCGACACCGAUUACGGCGUCUUCUGGGGUGAAGUGUCGGACAGAGAGAGACAGUUCGCCAAAGAGUUGGCACACAUUGAAGACAUUGAAGACAAUAGCAGUGAGUCGUCCGACAAAUGCAAACCAUUGGCCGCGAGUGACAAACAAGUGGACAGUCCUGACCCGGAAUUGAACGCAUGGAUUAUGGAUCAGAUUAAAGACCAUAAGAGUGACCACCAGUUGAGUGAAGAGAGUGGCUGUUCACAGACAUUGGACUUAACCAUCGAUACGGUAGAAGACAUCGACGCGAAUGUCAUCCAAAAGAGUGAAUUGGAGACGAAGACAGUCAUUGAGUUAAUACCAAACGAAUCGAUUGGUAUUGAUGUCCAAAAUGGAGACAAAUUGUAUGAAACUCAACCGAUAGUCGAGACCAUCGACAGCAACGGUCACGACAUGGAGUGGACUCAAGAGAACCAAUUGACAGAUCUUGCCAAAGAGUGGCCGACAUAUCACACCAAACGCAGCUACCAAUUGACAGAUCUGUCGGUGCCAUCAGCGAGUCAACAGGAGGUCGCGGCAGCCGUUGCAUCCAUUGUCGACACUAAUGAGUGCCAAAGAGUGGCCGACAUAUCACACCAAACGCAGCCAUCGGUGGCGCGAACCGGCGAUGCAUUUGACUCGACGUUCAAUUCAAUUAGUAGUCAAAUGCUGUUCAACGACACGACGAGUGCUGAUCACAGCUUUAAUCCCGAUUUAAUCGAAACCUAUUUGAUUAAUGAGAACUUUCAUCCCAUUCCCGACAAUACAUUCAAUGAAGAGUUUGAUGAACACACUGUGGACCAGUUUUUCGCAUUUCUUGAGCACAAGAGGUAUCACUGGAUUCAGUGUCGAAGACAUCGCAUCUCAAGACAUAAACCCUCGGCCCAGAAGACAAUGGCAUCGGCUGUACCCGCGAGACGUGUGGAUGUGAGCGAAUACCUCCACCAACAGCAACAACUGGCGGCCAACGCGGCGACCAUCGAGUGGUGGACAGCGUUUGAGGAGUUGUACGCCAAGAGGUUGUGGCAUCAGUUGACCACAAAGGUGUACGACUUCGUGAAGACGGCUCAGUACCCGCACCUCCACGAGUUUUACGACAACUUCAUCGCCGACUUCGAGACCAAAAUCAACGGACUCACGCUCAUCGAGAUCUGCGGUUAUGUCAUCAAUCAGAUCCCCACUCAUGAGGCGCGCGUCGAGUUUGUCACCAAAAUGAAGGACAAAGUGAAGGCCAACAGAGAGGCGGUCAUCCUCUGCAACAUCUUUUUGGGCCAAUCGAUGCUUUUGGCCAACGAUUUGAAGGCCAUUAAAGAGCUGCUCGAAGUGACCAAUCAGUUGAUCGAAGCGGAGACGGGCGUCACGUCCGUCCACUCGCGCUAUUACCGGCUGUCCAGCGACUAUCACCAGACAAUGGCCAACCACUGCGAGUACUAUAGGGAUGCGUUGCGAUACUUGGGCUGUCAGACGAGCGCCGACGUGGAGGACGCCGACACUCAGGCCAAGCGGGCGUUCACUCUGUCGUUGGCCGCCAUUCUCGGCGACUCGAUCUACAACUUCGGGGAACUCCUGCAGCACCCGAUUGUGGACGCCAUGCGCCCCGAGAACCUCUACAUCAAAGAGCUGCUGCUGGCCUUCAAUAGCGGCGAUUUGGCCCGUUAUGAGGCACUGCGCCCGCAGUGGUCACAGCAGCCGGACUUAGCCAAGAAUGAGAUCAAAAUGCAUGAGAAGAUAUGUCUGCUGUCGCUCAUGGAGAUGACCUUCAAGAGCAACACCGGUGUCAUCACAUUCGCCGAGAUCUCCGCUCAAACCCGACUCCCGAUCGACAAAAUCGAGUUACUGGUGAUGAAAGCCCUGUCCCUCGGCUUAGUGAAGGGCACCAUCGAUGAGGUCGAGCAGACGGUGCACCUGUCGUGGGUUCAGCCCCGGGUGCUCAACAAGAGUCAGAUCGAGUCCAUGAAGAAUCGGCUCGACGUGUGGUUCAAAGAGAUUAAUGUCAUCGAGAAUCUGCUCGAAAAGAGGGCUCAAGAGAUCAUCAAUUGA